AUGGCCACCCCCAGCGAGGCCACGACCCCCGGUGGUCACAAACGCCCCCAGCCCCGAGGCGACACGACUCCCGCAGGUACAGAGGUCGCAGGAGCCCCCUCGGCCAAGAAGCGCAAGGUCGACGACGAGGAAAUGCCGACACCUCCUGGCUUCAAUUCGCUCACGGCCGCCCUGUCAAACGGCCCGGGAGAUGGACACGACAAACCCCACCACGUCGCUGUCCCCAGCGUCGGCGGUGGUGGUGGCAGUACCCAGUCCCCCGCCGGAACACCCAACAAGGCACGGCCGGCCAUCAAGUUGGCGGCCCUCAGGGGCACAGUGUGGGACAAUGACCCUAAGCCCCGGUUGAUGGCCUCCCCCUCGCCCAGGAAGAGGGCGUCUGCGUCAGCAAGCAAAACCAAGACGACGGGUGGUACGCCGCGAGGGAGACCGCCGAAAUCCGUGACCGACUCGCCCUCGAAACCCAGAUCCGUCGGACGGCCAAAGGGCAGCACGAGCAAGCCGAAACCUACGCUCCCGCCGCCCGUGAGCGACGACAACAAAAACGACGACGGUGAUGAUUCCGCGACGGACACUGCCGGCGCGACACCCCAGAAACAGAUGCCGGCGAAGCGACUGUGGGGGACGCCGUCUGCCCUCACACCAAAGGGUAUCCUCUCGCCCUCCAAAAACAGAAACCAGACGCCCAAGACUGUCAAGUUUGGCGGCAAAGCGGGUGGCGGCGGCGGCGAAAUCUUCUUCGAGGACUUGCCAAAGAGCAGUGGCAAAAAGACGACGAAGACGACGACGACGACGACGGCGACGCCCCGCAAAGAGAAGCAACAGAGAUCGGUGGUGAUAGACGAGAUUAGGUGCGGCAUGUGCAACAAGACCAACUCGAGGAAACCCAACCAGAUCGUCCUGUGUGACAACUGCGACUUUGCGGUUCACCAGCAAUGCUAUGGUCUGGACGAAAUUCCCGAGGGGGACUGGCUGUGCAGUUCAUGUUCCCAGGAAGAUGCCUUGGCUACAGCAAAGGAGGGGGCAGCAGCAGGGGCACCGUCGACGGGGACAGCAUCCGCAGAGCGUGCCGAAGUUCCCGACAUACCUAACCUCGAGAAACACCUACGGCUUUUACAGAGGGUCCUCCUAGACCGCUGUGCGGGCCGACGCAGGAUCGACAUGUUUGGCCUGCAGGAGGUGCAGGACAAGACUAGGCAGAUCAUCGAGCAGACGGUCGUGGCCGGCGAGGGCAAUUCCAUGCUCCUGAUCGGGGCUAGGGGUAGCGGCAAGACGACGCUCUUGGAGAGCAUCAUCGCAGACGUGUCCAAAGAGCACAGUCAGGAUUUCCACGUCGUGCGACUCAAUGGAUUCAUCCAUACCGAUGACAAGCUGGCUCUCAAGGAGAUCUGGCGACAGCUAGGCAAGGAGAUGGACGUCGAGGACGACCUCGUCAACAGGACGAAUUAUGCCGACACGAUGGCAUCCCUGCUAGCCCUGCUGUCUCAUCCAUCCGAGAUCCUAGGCACCGACGAGGGUGUCACGUCUCAGUCCAUCAUCUUCAUUAUUGACGAGUUCGACAUGUUUGCCGCGCAUCCGCGACAGACGCUCCUGUAUAACCUCUUCGACGUGGCUCAGUCGCGAAAGGCGCCCAUUGCCGUUCUGGGAUGCACCACACGGCUCAACGUGGUGGAGACGCUGGAGAAGAGGGUCAAGAGCCGCUUCAGCCACCGCUACGUCUAUCUCACGAUGCCGAGAUCCUUACCUGCUUACUGGCAGGUGUGCCGUCAGGGUCUGGUGGUGGAGAGGAAGGAUGCGGCUAGGGAGGGUAUAGAUACGAGCUUGGAAGGGUACAGUGAGUUCCACAAGUACUGGAACUCGAAGAUCGAUGAACUAUACAAGCAGAAGGCCUUCCAGGAGCUCCUGCAGUACCACUACUACACGACCAAGUCGGCAGCCGCCUUCUUUGAAGAGUGGAUCCUACCCUUGUCGGUCCUCAGUCCGGCUGACAUGGCCAUCAAAAUACCCAGCAUAGCAUCAGAGGCGACGUCGCUCACCGCCCCAGACUCGCGCAUGCACCUCCUGUCGACGCUGUCGGACCUCGAUCUCGGGCUGCUCAUCGCGGCCGCCCGCCUCGACAUCGUCGCCCACACGGACACGGUCAACUUCGCCAUGGCGUACGACGAGUACAGCUCCCUGGUGGGGAGGCAGAGGGUGCAGUCAUCUGCCUCGGGCAUGCUGGCCGUCGGCGGAGGCGUGCGCGUCUGGGGUCGCGGCGUGGCGGGCACGGCAUGGGAGAGGCUCAUAUCCCUCGGCUUGCUGGUGCCUUCGGGUGUGGGGGGCGGCAGAGGUAUGGGCUACGGCGGGUUGGAGGGCAGGAUGUGGAAGGUCGAUGUGGCACUCGAGGAGAUACCGCUGGCUACCAAGCUGGGGACGGUGCUGGCUAAGUGGUGUAGGGAGAUUUGA